AUUUAUUUAAAAGAUGAAGAGGAACAAUAGAAGAGCUGACAAUAGGAAGGAUCAGACAGAACCUGACGUUGAUUACGCUAUAGACCCUUCCAACAGCGGAGUUAGAACAGUAAACUUGACUGUUGCUAGGAGCGCUAUUGAAGACAGGGAGGAGCAAGAAGUUAUCCCGGAGGUAACUGUAUAUUAUGAUGAGCAUAACAACAUCAAGCUCGGUCCUCUUGUCGAAGGAAUCAGAAAAAUGGGAUAUAAAGUAGAUAGAUCCAUGAUUUCUUACUAUGACGAAGAAAGAAAGGUGUAUGUCUAUGCAGGCAACCAUCCUCUUCCUGACAAAGCUAUCCCAAACAUUCCAGAAGGAGAAAUAAAGAUAAAGGCAAGACCUAAGGCCAAAAGUAUUUAUGGAGACUUCCUCCUGGCAAACACAAAUGCUUCUAUCAGCAAAGGAUCCAGGCGAACCAAGGAGAGGAAAAUUGGAGAUGUUAUUAAAUAAGGUUUCUGAAUGGAGAAAACUCUAUAAUGGUACAGAAAUAGAAGGAGAAAUAGUGAAGAAAUCCCUUGAAGAAGCGGCAAAGCUUGUAAAUAUUUCCAAAAAGUCUCUUGAUGAUUACCUCCUCCAACUACGAAAUGGGAGGAAAUAUGGCUUCAAUUUUAAUGAACACAAGGAUGAUAAAAUCGGUAUCCUGCGUGCUUUCAACCGGAAACAUAAGCUAAUAGACAAGGGUACCAAAAAGUCAAAGCCUGGAAGGAAGCCAGGAAAUCGUUAAGCUGGUGAUAUUUGAUCUAAACAUGAU